AUGCGUAGCUCUCACCGAAAGUCCCGAAAUGGAUGUAGGGAAUGCAAGCAGCGCCAUAAAAAAUGCGACGAGAGCUCUCCGAUUUGCCGUAAUUGCUCAAUCACCAAUCGCUCCUGUUCAUACCGCCACACACGCCCAUCCUAUCGCCCCUUUGGAACAAAAUCAGCGGCAAAACCGUUGCCGCCAUCGCUGUCUGCAGUUUCGUCGCUUACACAAUGCGUUACCCAGGAGUGGCGGGCUCAAUCGUACAGUUUAGGGCAUCUGGAACUGCUUCACCAUUUUGAAUCACGCGGGAUUGAGGAAACGAGCAUGCUGCCGGUGCCUAAAUCGACGCGCAGACUGAUGAUGCAAUGCGGUCUCACAAACCCUUAUCUUAUGGAUCAAAUCCUUGCACUCUCGGCGGCACAUAUGAGCACUAUUCACCAGGGACAGCAACAGGUCUUCCGCAACAAAGCGACUGAGCUCCAGACGCGAGCGUUGACGUUGUUCAAUAGGUCCGAACUGGGUAUAUCCAAGCAAAAUUCAUGCUCUUGGUUCCUGUAUGCUUCGCUUCUUGGCCUUCAAGUCAUGUUUGAAACUCUUCAAAGCCGCAAUUUCGACUCCUUUCUUGACCAACUCGCCACCUACUUUCCAGUUCAUCGAGGUGUGCACGCAGUAGUACGAAAAUCAUGGCCAACAAUAAAGGACAUAGUUGAGGAGAUUGUUGGACAGAAGGAUCUCGCGGAGGCCAGGGGGCUUGGUAAACGGCGGCCUCAGGAGUGUGAUGAUAUAAUCUCUCUCGUUAAUGAAUGUGAUCUCGAAGAAUCGGAUAAAGCCGUAUGUCUUGAGGCUAUUGAGCUUCUCCAGUGGACUUUCGAGUUACAUCGCAUUAACCCAAGGACCCAGUUUCAAGUGUCCUUCACCAUUGCGUGGUCAAUUCUCGUACCAGCCAGGUUCGGGGAAAUGCUCAGGCAACGAAUACCCGAGGCACUCACCAUAUUAUCUUUCUACGCUGUUCUUUUGCAUCGUCUACAUCAAUUCUGGGUAUUUGGUGAUUCCGGACGCUUUUUAAUCCAGUCAAUCUCGACUUAUUUAGGAGCACCAUGGGCACAGUGGUUGAUAUGGCCAAAGGAACAGUUGAAUGCGGGAUGGAGCACUUCUAGAAUAUAUCCAACGACAUUUACAAGAACCAAUGACUGUAACAGGGUAGGAUGA